UUUUUAACCCGACUCUUCAUGAGAUCAUAGGACUUUCAGUCAUUAGCUCAUGAACCCAAAUGCUUAUAGAGGCAACAAAGGCUAUAGUGGGAAGUGUGAAACAAUGGGAGAAUGGGAUACUCGUUUGAUUUCCCAGACAUUUUGUGUCUCCUCCUUCACCCUGCAUUUCAGAGAGAGCUCACUCUGCCAAGUGGAGUCGAGUCACAUUUAAUUUUAGCCACAGCACAGGGCAGCCACAACUUGACUGCUUCUCACUGCUAACUCUGCUUACUUACUGCUGCUGCAGAAGGAGAGAAGCUGAUCAGACCAGGGCAGCAGUGGGCUACCCCCCAACUGUGACAAGCAGUCUUCUACAGGUAGGUCCACGAAAUAGGAUAAGGACUCCACCCAUUAAGACCAGGAGUGUGUGUGUGUGGAAAGGACCCAGGAGAAAACCAGAACCUUAACUUGAACUAUAACAACAGCAACGCCCCCCAUGGAGUGCCAGGGGGUCCUGCUGCAUUUCCUGAGCAUCGUCUUCAUCCUGAGCUCCCUGUUCAAUCUGGCGCGCUUCUGGAGAACGCCUGCAUUUUACGGACGCUACCAGGACCCCUCUGGCAGUGGUUGUGUGGUGCCAGCCAAAGUGGCCUGGUUUCUGCAGGAGCUUCCAGCCUUUCUGUGUCCCCUGCUGCUACUUUUGUUCACCUCAAAUGAAGCCUCCGCAGUGGGCAUGUACAUACUGUUUGGAAUGUUUGGCCUGCACUACUUUCACAGGACAUUUAUCUACGCCCCACUGACCUGUGGACAGCCAUUUCCUGUUGAUGUCAUGGUGUCGGGAGCAGCCUUCUGUACGGGUAAUGGCUUCAUGCAAGGACACUACUUGUUGCACUGUGCCGCCUAUGAAACAACAUGGCUGACAGUUAUACAGCUUGUGAUUGGAUCAAUAUUGUUUUACCUUGGAAUGGCCAUCAAUAUCCACAGUGACCGCAUUCUUCGCAACCUCAGAAAACCUGAUGAGAAAACUUACAAGAUCCCCAGAGGAGGCCUAUUUGAGUAUGUGUCCUGUGCCAACUAUUUCGGGGAGAUUCUGGAGUGGCUGGGUUACGCCAUAGCAGCCUGUUCCUUACCCUCCUUCUCCUUCACCUUCUUCUCGUGGUGUUUCAUCAUCCCCAGAGCCCACAAUCAUCACAGGUUUUACCAUGAGAAAUUUGAAGAUUACCCCAAAUCUCGAAGAUGCAUCAUUCCUUUUAUCUAUUAGAGCCUGUGUACACUUAACUGUAACAUACCAGAGCACUGGAGCAUUGCCUUUGUGAUUUUAUAGAAAAUGUUCAUAUAAUACAGGACCCAUGUUAAAUGUAAUUUUCUGAUGUUGUUUAAAACUCCUAUUUCUAAAUAACAAAAUCUGUUCAUUUAACUUUAAAAUAUAAACAGUGACACUUUAGGUUACUUCAUAAGAGUGACAUGACACUCUUAUAACCCUAACACUAACCCUUACCUGUCAUGACAAAAACCGAAUGACACUAGACAGAAGCGAGUGACAGAAGUGUGACACAUUCAUGACAGUGUCAUGUCACUCUUAUGUAGAUACUGUACCUUCAAGUAAAGUGUAACCAUAGAAACAAACAGAAGAAAAGAGUUUUGGUUGCAGGUCCUUUAUGCACAUUGUCCUUCAAUUAAAAGAUGAAAUAUGAA